GCAUACUGAUUUUUUCCAAAGAUAUCGUCAAAAUGUCUUCUUCACUUGAACCAGAUUCAUCGUUUGCGCGAUCAGUUUCAGUAGAUUCCACUCCAAGUACUCUAGAUAUGUCAAAGUUGAGAGCACCUUAUUGGGAAUUUUGUCGUAUUCCUACUCCAGAUAAUCUUAAGCAAGACGUUCUUUAUUAUACCCUUUGUAAAACUGAGCCAUAUGGUACACGAAUAUCAAGAAAUAUGGGGGAUCAUUUGAGCCGCCACCACCAAAUUACGAUAUCAAAGGCUAAAACUCAAGCUAAGGAGGGAAAUGGGAUUGAGGAAUUUGAUAAUAAGGUCCUUGGAGCUUGCCUUAAUACAGCAGUUAUUACUAAAGCUCUAAUCUCCCUGAUUAUCGUACGGAAUCUGUCUUUUACUCUCGUUAAAUGGCCGGAAUUUCAUACCUUUUGCCAAGUCCUGAAUCGAGCUUGCGAGGGCAAGAUUAUAACCUCUUACUCUGGAGUUUAUAAUAAAGUCAAAGAAGCUUGGGGAAAGCAUAAGAUUAUCGUACGAAAGACCCUUUAAUCGGCAGUCUCACUUAUCCAUAUUUCGCUCGAUAUUUGGACCUCCCCAAAUCGAUUACUUCUUCUGGCAAUUUAUGUACAUUUUACUAUAUACGAUUAUAAGAGGCAAAAAGCUCUUCUUGCUCUCCAGAGAGUACCUGGCCAUAGUAGAGAGGACCAGUUCUCUAUUCUUUGCCCUGUUCUUGAGGAUUACGGCAUUAUACGAAAGCUUGGGGCUAUUAUUACCGAUAAUACUUCCUCAAAUAAUGUUCUUUGUCAAUAUAUUUAAGCCUUCUUAGUAGAGUCGUAUGAUAGGGAGUAGAAUACAGAGGAAUAGCGAGUUCGCUAUAUUGGCUAUAUUAUUAAUCUUGUUAUCUAAGCCUUCCUAUUUACGGACGUAAUUAGAGCAGAAGAGCUUAAAUU